UCAUAGUUCCAUAAAAACUUCUGAUUCUGGGAUAAUCAACCAUGAUCAUAGAGCUGUCCUUGAUCUGCCCAAUGCUCUUAUCUUUCGUAAUCUCGAGCUUGGGAGAGUAUUCCAAUGCUGAUCCUAUCGAUGGCUUCACCGAGGUGCCGCUCACGGAAUACAAUUUUGAGCUGCAGAAGCCGUACGACAUUCCGCUCGAGCAACGGUACAGUUUCAUAGAUGGGGUCCGCAAGUUAUGGGUCUAUGCUGAUGACAAGCCACAUGAUCCCAACAGCCAUACCCAGCCACGGACUGAAAUCCGCAUCCGGGGCCUGGAUUACUCGUGCGGAGUAUGGCAGUUUGAAGGGUAUGGUUUCGUGCCAAAUGGGACAUCAGGGGCCACGAUUGCUCAAAUACAUGGAGCGGCUAAGGGAGCAACCACAAUCAUACUGAGGAUCUAUUAUGGGGACAUGAGGUACUACAGCACGGAUCUGAUAGCGACAGACAUGUACGAUAAGUGGUUCAGGCUCAACAUAAUCCAUGACGUCGACGGAGGGAGCGUGACCGUCUUCCUCGAUGGCAACCAAAGGUUUCAAGUGCCGGACAAGGGGCCAGGAGACCUGUACUUCAAGUGUGGAGUAUAUGCUGCUCCUGCUAAUAUAAGCUAUUACAUGGAGUCUAGGUGGAGGGAUAUCAAGAUUUACAAGAAAUAAAAUGGCCCCGUGUAAUAUAUAGUAUAAUAAUAAAACGUCGGUGUGACUUCUUGCCUUUUA